GAGAGAGAGAGAGAGAGAGAGAGGCCUGUGCGCGUUCGUGAAAGCUGACAGAUUUGCGUGCCCGCGUUUGAAUACCGGCUUGAGCCGGUAAAGAGCUGCCAAAGCAGGCAGGAGGAAACCUUUCAGACAAAAGAUGCUGCUGCUGCCGCUGCUGCUUGGAACAUGUGACAGAGCGAAACAACGAGGCCAAGAAGAGAGCGUUUUUGGUUUUUAGCCCCAGAAGUGAAGAGAACAUUUUAAUAAAAAAAAUAAAAAAGUUUUUUUUCUACAUUUUUUAAAGCAUUCUCGUGUUUGGAGAUAGUCGUAUACUGUAUACUGUAUACAAUGCGGUAGAAAACAAAAAGAAGUCGUCGACAGAAAAAGCUUGUCAUUUACAUCCUCUGCCGGUGCCCCCACUGUAGGUAGCCAUGAUGGUUCCCAGUCCCCAUUGUUGUUUGGGUCCUAAGGUUUACUCAGAGGUGCCUGAUGGUGGCUGGGGUUGGGCUGUGGCUGUGGCCUUCUUCCUGGUGGAGGUCAGCACCUAUGGAACCAUCAAGAGCCUGGGCAUCUUCCUUCAGGACCUGAUGGAGGAGUUUAGGGAGACAAACAGCCGUGUGUCAUGGGUCAUCUCCAUUUGUGUCUUCAUCUUCUCCUUCACUGCUCCACUGUCCACGAUGCUGAGCAACCGCUUUGGCUAUCGUCCAGUGGUGAUGAUGGGAGGCUUCCUCAUCAGUCUGGGAACCACCCUCUCUGCCUUCACCACUUCCAUCAAAGAAAUGUACAUCACCAUCGGCAUUGUCUCAGGCCUCGGCUACUGCUUUUCCUUCCUCCCCACCAUCACCAUCUUAGCGCAGUACUUCAACAGGCGACGUGCCCUCGUCACAUCUGUCGCCUCCACUGGAGAAUCUUUUGCCAUAUUUGCGUUUGCUCCAGCCUUCACUGUACUGAAAAAACAUAUUGGCUGGCGCUACUGUCUGAUCAUCCUUGGCAUCAUUCAGACCUCCGUGAUUGGUUGUGGGCUUCUUCUUUGCCCAAUCAUCAUCAAGCCAGAACCUGUAAAGCAAGACAACGAGUUGGACAAAGAGUCACUCUCCACCAAGCAGCUACAGGCUGUCUAUGAGCUGGAGAACGAACAAACUAGAACCUCCAUCAGUUCAGGGGCCUCCCUGGGUUCUGCAGACUCGGGCGUCACCUCGCUCUUUACCUCAAACGUUGACCUGAGGACUGUCGGAGCUGAGAGCAAGGCCCUGCUGCAGUGGGACGUGCAGGUCAAAGAGGGUCUGGAGCCAUCACUGUGUCCUCCUACUACAGUCAAGGAGAAGAGCGAGGUCCAAGUGGAGGCUGGUCCUCUCAAGACCUCCAAGCCCAAACUUCUGGACUUCUCCGUGGUUAAAGACGGUGUCUUUAUCUGUUACUCUCUCUUUGGCCUGUUUGCCACACUGGGCUUCUUUGCACCACAGCUCUACGUCAUCGAGCUGAGCAAGAGCCGGGGCAUGGAGCCCAGCAUGGCCUCCUACACACUGUCUGUGAUGGCCGUGGCCGAGAUCUUCGGCCGCCUAUCCAUCGGGGUGGUGUUGAACCACGUCCGCUGCAGGAAGACCCUGGUCUUGUUGGGCUGUGUGGUGAUGAUGUCCCUGGUCCUGGUGGCCUUCACCAUUGUGUGGGAGUUCUGGGGCCUGAUGGUCUGCUGCGCCUUCUUCGGCUUCUUCAUGGGCACUGUGGGCUCCACCCACAUCCCCAUGCUGGCAGAGGAGGACGUGGUGGGCAUCCAGAAAAUGGCGUCAGCCGUUGGUGUGUACGUUUGCAUCCAGAGCUUCGCCGGGCUGGCUGGACCGCCGCUAGCAGGUAUGUUGGUGGACCUCACACAGAACUACGGUGCUGCCUUCUAUUCCUGCGCCGUGGGCAUGGGCCUCAGUGCCAUCUGCCUGACUCUGGUCCUUCUGGCCAAGUCCAGCAUGUGUCAAAGAAAGACCGAGGACGAAGACGAGAGCACGGAGGAGGAGGAGGAGGAGGAGAAAAUGACGCGGCAGGACGACGGCAACCAGGUGGACUUUCUGGACAUGGACCUGGUCUCAGAGGACAGUCCCAACACCUCGGUGAUCUAAACCUGAACCUGAACUGGGUGAAGCACUUGGACUUGGAGAAGCUGCUGCAGGUUCCAAAACUCAGGUGUCACUCUGUCACUUUCUGACAAGCUUGAAGUUCCCACUCGUCCCCAGGAAGGAGACGCUCAGUGUAUCCUCUGAGACCAAAGACACAGCCAUGAGUGUCCAUCCGUACACACACACACACACAUGCUACAGCCACACUACUGUUUUUAUUACAUGACAUCUGAAAUGGUUACUGCUGAAGAGUUUAAAACCACUUGUGUCUUUUAUUUUAGUUAAAAAUGCUCUCACUCAUGUCCUUCACCUGAUGGCAGUGUCACACUUUUUAUCUCCAUUAAAAGGUGCGCUUGAAAUGUUCAAACUCACUGCAUAAAAACCAAGUAAAGUGUGGUCGACAAAGUAAUGAACAAACCUGCAGACUUUGUUACUUUCGCUGUUAGCUCCACCCACGUGAGGCAGCGGAAGGAAUAGCCUUUAACGUAAUGUUUCAAAAUCAGUGACGUGUUUACGUGAUACAUGAUUUUGAAUCUUUAAAUAAAAACACAAUAGUGUGGCUAUAGUCGAGUGAAACAACAGCGGCACACGUUGCUCCCACACAUGUGCUCUCACACAUGUGCCCUCACGUGUGCUCUCACAUGUGCUCUCACGUAUGCUCUCACACAUGUGCUCUCACGUGCACUGGAUGUACGGAGAUAAAUGUCAGAAGUUGCUGUAACAACGACGCGGCACUUUUUCAAGCAUCUGCUGAUAGUGUCAGUCCCUGACACAUAACUAAGUUGAUAAAGUUAAAAUGUGUUGUUUUAACAAAGUUUACCAAAAAAAAAAGAAACCAGGCAGUGACAGAGCAGCAGCUUCUCUGCUCUGAAUAACACACAAACUCUGUUUCCCUGUGUGAAUGUUUUCACUGAGCAUGUGGGGGCGCUCUCACUGUCAGUAUCUCAUACUUGAACUAUCCCUUUAUGAACACUUGAUUCUGUUAAAACGCUGCUGCUGCUGCUGCUUGUUCAUGUGCACGAACAAUCAUUCAUGAUGACAGCAGCAUGUUCCGAGUGAACACUUGUAUCAUAGAUUCACUGAAAUGUCAUCGAUCAACAUCAUCAUCACACGUGUGGUUUUGAUCACAAACAUCAUUUUAUUUAUUCUAUAGAAUAAUAAAAAAAAAACAGUUAAGUUAUAUCAUAAAACUAUAGUGUAGGAAGUUGCUGUCGUUGCCAUAGUAGCAAUGUUGAUACAAUGUAGUGAGUGUCUGUCUGAAGUUUAUUUAUAACUACUGGACCUUUAAUAAUCACUUCAUUCUGUAGCCCUAAUUCACACAAUAGUUCAUGUUAACACAUGUGAUUUUGACCAGUGAGUGUUGGAUCACUUCACCCCUACAAUAAUAAUAACAACAACAACAACUGCAGCAGUGGAGAUGAGGUCUGAGCUCUCUGAUGUGUUUUAUUCUAAAGUAAGUGCCGGGCAGGUUCCUGUCUGUUAACGAGCUGUAUGGUUUCUUUUCUAUAUAAGAAUAAAAUAAAAUCUCCCCUAAA